AUGUCGUCGUGGGUGUUGGCGGAGGGCCUGACCAGCGAGGUGACCUGCCCGAUCUGCCUGAACCUGUACCGGGACCCGGUCAGGCUGGAGUGCGAGCACAACUUCUGCCGGGCGUGCAUCGCCGACGCCUGGGGGCAGCUGGAGUCCGGCUUCCGGUGCCCCCAGUGCCGGGAGACCUUCCCCCAGCUGCGGCUCAAGAGCAACCGGCUGCUGGCCAACAUCGUGGAGAGGGUGCGGCAACUGCGGCUGGACGCCGGGCCCGCUCUCCCGCCUGCCGGAGAGCCCAGCCCCGUCCUCUGCUCCCGCCACGAGGAGAAGCUGAAGCUGUACUGCCAAGACGACCAAUUGGCCAUUUGCGUGGUGUGCGGCGUCUCCAGGGAACAUAAAGGGCACCGAAUUGUACCCAUCCACGAGACCUUGCAGUAUUGUCAGGAAAAGCUGAAGGAAUCUUCAGGAGAACUGGAGAAGCGAGUGGAAGUGAUCAGAGGGAUCGAAGCCAGUCAGGAAAAGGCAGUUCUGGAACUCAAGGACAGGACGGAGACUAUAAAGGGUCGCAUCAUCUCAGAGUUCGAGGCUCUCCACACCUUCCUGCAGGAGGAGCAGGACACCGUCCUGGGCAGGCUUCGAGAGGAGGAGGACAAACUCCUGCAAGAGAUGCAGGAGAACCUGAAGAAGAUGCACGCAGAGAAAUCCACCCUGGAAACCAUGCUUGUCAGUGUUCAACAAAAACUCAACGAGGAAGACCCUGUCUGCUUACUCCAGGACAUCAAAGACCUGUCAGAAAGGCUGAAGCAAGGCGUUGCGAGCUGUGAGGUCGUGCCAGCCCGAAGGUUGAACGUUGGCUCUUUUCAGGGCCCCUUGCAGUACACGGUGUGGAAGAAGAUGAGAAAACGGAUCAGUCCAGUGCCGGCCCCGCUGACCCUUGACCCUCACUCCGCCAACCCAUACCUGGUGCUUUCGGAGGACCUGACUGCCGUCAAGUACUCGUACACCUCGCAGCAGCUGCCCGGCAACCUGGAACGCUUCGACUUCUGCGCCUGCGUGCUGGCCUCGGAGGGGUUCUCUUCGGGGAAGCAUUACUGGGAGGUGGAGGUGGGCGGCCAGCCAGACUGGGACGUGGGCGUGGCGGCGGAGUCCAUCGACCGGGAGGGCUGGGUCAUCCUCACGCCGGAGAACGGCUUCUGGACCUUCGGCCACGUGGAGCGCUCCCGCAUCGGCGUCUACCUGGACCACGAAGAGGGCCAGGUCUCCUUCUACGACGCCGAGGAGAUGACCCACCUCCACACCUUCGUGGACACCUUCAACGAGAAGCUCUUCCCGUUCUUCUACCCCAGCGCGGACACCAACACCGACCCUCUCAAAAUCUGUCACCUGCUCCUCUGA